AUGCGAACCCCUCCAACCGGCCCUCGCACCUUCACCAAAGACUCCCCUCGAGACCCCCGCGUCGCCCCAAGCAAAGCCUCCGGCGGCAUCCCAAAUCCCACACCUCGCUACCUCGCCCAGUCCCAAACGCCCUCAUCCUCCCUCCGCCAGCCCCGCCGCAUCUUCGUCAUCAUGGACCUCAACGGCACGCUCCUCUACCGCCCCAACAAGCGCAACCCCUUCAACUUCAUCCAGCGGCCCCACGCGCGCGAGUUUCUCGACUACUGCAUCGACACCUUCCACGUCGCCAUCUGGUCCUCGGCCCGGCCCGAAAACGUCGACAAGAUGGUCGCGCAGCUGCUCUCCCCCGCCCAGCGCGCAAAGUGCGUCGUCAUCUGGGCCCGCGACCAGCUCAGCCUCUCGCCUGCCGACUACUCCGCCCGCGUCCAGGUCUACAAGCGCCUGACAGCCAUCUGGAACGACCCGCGCGUGCUCGCCUCCCACCCGGCUGCGGCCCACGGCCAGCGCUGGGACCAGACAAACACCGUGCUGGUCGACGACUCGAUCGAAAAGGGCCGCAGCGAGCCGUACAACAUCCUCCAGCUGCCCGAGUUUGAGGGCCUCCACACCGAGCCGCUGGAUGUACUUCCGCAAGUUCACGACUAUCUCAAUACGCUCUGCUAUCAGGCCAACAUAAGCAGCUACAUACGAGACCGUCCUUUCAAGGUUGACCCAAACUAUACAUUGACGCCACCACAAGAUUUUCAUAUGGGAUAGAGACUU